CACCAGUCCAGGCUGCAGCUUAUGCAGCUCCAGCAGCACGCUCAGGCCCAGGCUCAAGCCCAAGCUCAAGCCCAAGCCCAGGCUCAGGCCCAGGCUCAGGCCCAGGCCCAGUCCAUCCAGCAGAUGGUGCAGCAGCAGCAGGUCCAGGCUCAGACUCAGCCGGUUCAGAUGCCUCCUCACUCCCAGCAGCAGCAGCAGCAGUCGGGCAUGGUGUCUCAGUCUCUGGCCGGACAGAUGCCAUCCCAGCACGUCUCUCUGAACCAGCAGCAGCAGAGGCUGCAGGCCUUCCAGGCCCGUGCAGCCUUGCAGCAGCAGCAGGCAGCGCAGCAAGCUCAGCAGGCCGCAGCGCAAGCACAGCUCAACGCAGCCGCCGCUGCAGCCGCCAUGCCGGGACAGCUGGUUCGUCCUGCGAUGCAGAUUCCAGCCCGGCUACCUCGAGCACCUCUGAACCCCAUCCCUCCUCAAAACGCCACCACCGCUGCAGCUGGCGUGGUGGGAGUGCAGGCCAUGACACCGCAGAUGUCAUCGCCCUCACCGGUGCAGGUCCCGACUCCUCAGUCGAUGCCGCCUCCUCCGCAGCCGUCACCCCAACCCCCGACCUCACAGCCCAACUCGGCCAGCUCCGGUCCCACUCCGUCUCCGGGGGGUUUCCAGCCCAGCCCGUCUCCUCAGCCGUCGCCGAGCCCCGCCAACUCCAGAACCCCCCAGAACUACGGCGUGCCCUCCCCCGGGCCACUCAGUACUCCAGUGAACCCGAGCUCGGUGAUGAGUCCGGCGGGGCCCACGUCUCUGGAGGACCAGCAGUACAUGGAGAAGCUCAAACAGCUCUCCAAGUACAUCGAGCCGCUGCGCCGCAUGAUCAACAAGAUCGACAAAAACGAAGACAGGAAGAAGGACCUGAGUAAGAUGAAGAGCUUGCUGAACAUCCUGACCGACCCCAGCACCAGGUGUCCCCUGAAGACGCUGCAGAAAUGUGAGAUUGCUUUGGAGAAGCUGAAGAACGACAUGGCGGUGCCGACGCCCCCUCCCCCGCCCGUGGCCACCAACAAACAGUACCUGUGUCAGCCGCUGCUGGACGCCGUCAUGGCCAACAUCCGCUCGCCCGUCUUCAACCACUCCCUCUACCGAUCCUUCGCCCCCGCCAUGAGUGCCAUCCACGGACCACCCAUCAUGGGGCCGAACAUCUCCGGGCGCAAGAGGAAGCACGAGGACGACGAGCGGCAGACGAUCCCCAACAUCCUGCAGGGCGAGGUGGCGCGCCUCGACGUCAAGUUCCUCGUCAACCUCGACCCCUCGUACUGCAGCAACAACGGCACCGUGCACCUCAUCUGCAAGCUGGACGAUAAAAACCUUCCCAGCGUUCCUCCGCUGCAGCUCAGUGUUCCCGCCGAUUAUCCCGACCAGAGUCCGCACUGGGCCGACGACGGAGAGCAAUACGGUGCGAACAGCUUCCUGCAGACGGUUCACAGGAACAUGACGUCCAAACUGCUGCAGCUGCCCGACAAACACUCUGUGACCGAGCUGCUCAACACCUGGGCUCGCAGCGUCCAGCAGGCCUGCCUGUCUGCAGCCUGAGACCCCGCCCACUGCUCACGGUGCAUGCUGGGUAAGACCUGCAGAUGGGCGUCAUCAGAGCCGAAACCCAUUACCGAUUUCUCUGCUGCUCCUUGAAUGCGUCAUAAGUCUGUUUCUGUUAGUUUAAAUAAAGUUUUAGUCCCUGUUUUGUAUGACGUCUUUUUGUAUUAAAUAAAAUGUGUUCACUUCAGUCCAA